AUGCGUGAAUAUAAGGUGGUGAAGAGUCAGGGUUCCUCUACACUUUUUGAGUUCUCUCAGUGUACUCAUCACUUCCUUACUUUUCACCGGAGGGUGUUUCGACAACCAGUGGCUUUGUCAAUUAAAUACAGAGGUUAUCUGAAGGUGUUGAAACUGGAGACAGUAGAAGAAUAUGUGAAUGUGUUCACCACGAUGCCAGAUCAACCAGGCUGUGAUGGAUAUGUGGGAUGGCGGGCCUUCAGCACCAACAGCCUGAUUGGCCAGGCUAGCACCAGACGACUCUCGAAAAUCAUCAAAAGUUUAUCAAAGAUUACAGUUGUUGCAAAACUUGGACACAAUCUCAAGAUUUCAGAUAUGUUAUCAUUAGUGAUGAAGUGGCUUGAAGACCCGCCCGGGCGGCCAGUCAUCCAUGGCUACAAGACAGGUGAAGUACUUCGCGCCGGGGAACGUCGAAGUCUCACCUGCCGUGUGGCAGGCGGCAACCCACGCCCCUGGGUCACCUGGUACUGGUAUGGCCUUCCCCUCAACCACACGGCCAAGAGCAAGAGCAGGAAGAGCGUGCACCUCAAGUCCAAAGCCACCAGCAAGCGAGGCAAGAAGACCAAAGGAGUGAGCGUCACCCAGCAGGUGACCGCCUCGCGUACUGAAGAUGGAGCCGUGUAUGAGUGUCGUGUCUCCAGCGACCUACUCCCGCGACCCCUCACCACAAAUGUCACCCUCACGGUGCAUUACGCCCCUGCACAGGUGAGGGUGAGCGGACCUACGGUAGUGGCAGCAGGGGAACACCUGACUCUCACCUGUGUCACCUCACCUUCCAACCCACCUGCAACCAUCACCUGGACUGUGGAUGGGGCACAGGUAAACACCACUACGUCGACAGUGAGUAAAGAUGAAGGUGGCGGGUGGGUAACCUCAUCUCGGCUGACCCAGGAGGCGGCGAAGUCGAGUCAGGUCAGGCAGAUGGUGGUCGUGUGCCUGGCUCAUCACCUGGAGGCUGUGGAAGCCAUCUCUCACACCCGCAGCAUCACUCUCAUCAGACCUCCAGGACCGCCGCGGGUGGAGAUUCACUCCAAGGGACAGCUGGUGGCUGGAGACAGCCUGGAAGUGUCUUGCACCAGCGAAGGAGGACACCCUCCUCCACAGUUCAGGAUACGCAAGGGUGAGGACCAGGAGCUGCCGGCAGAGACGCACACUAGCGAGAACGUGAGUCGUGCGCGGGCAUCGUUCACCGCAGCGCCCGCGGAUAAUGGUGCUCGGGUUCACUGUGAGGUAAUGAACCCGGCCACUAGCCUUCCUCUCCUCACCGACACCACCAUUACCUUGCAAUUCGCUCCGUGGGAGGUGCUUGGGUCAGCGAACCCACACAGUGUGGAGGCAGGUCAGGUGGUCACGCUCAGCUGCGAGACUUCCAGCAGUGUGCCAGUCUCCAUCGUCACCUGGCACACCCCAGCACACCUCCUAGGUGACCCUUCCGUCAGACACUCAUCUGGCCUCUACGGCGGCAUUGUCACCAGGUCAGAGGUCAAAGUGAAGGCAGAGGCUGAGGACAACGGGCGAGAGGUCACCUGCAAGGCUGAGAACGGUUUAGGCGUCACCGUCAGCGCUAACAUCACCUUCGAAGUCCUCCACGGGCCGGUGUGGAUCAGGGUACCAGCAGGAAGAAUCGACGUAGUGGAAGGUGACACAGUGACCCUCACUGCAGCAGCCACCGCCAACCCUGGACCUAUAACGUACAUCUGGUGGCGUGGGAACGAAGAGAUAGGCGGAGCUGAGAGUAGGGGCGGGGCGCUCAGCAUGGGCGUGCUCAAGAGAACACACGCCCAUAAUUACACCGUCACCGCCCGCAGUCCGCGAGGGGCUCUCACCUCACCUUUCUUCCUCAACGUGCAGUAUGGACCAGAAGGAGUGAAAGCGGAGAAGAGAGUGAUGGUUGAGCAGGGAGGCUCAGUGACCGUCCUGUGUUCGGCUCUGGGCAACCCAACACCAAACAUUACCUGGACCAGAGACGCCGCCAAUACCAGUGGACCAGCAGUGCUGUCCCGAGGCGUGGGUGUGGCGCGCCUGGUGGUGGAGUGGGCGUCGCAGGCUGACACUGGCGUGUACCUCUGCCACGCCUCCAGCACCGUCUCCACGCCACCUGCCGUCUCCACCACACUCAUUGUGCAACAGGCGCCUUGGUGGCCCAACACGGGGCCAGACGAGGUUGUGGGCGGGUCGUGGGCGGUGAUGGGCGGCAGUGGGCGGCUGGAGUGCAGCGUGCGGGCGGCUCCACAGCCCACUUUCCACUGGGCUACCCAGGAUGGACGGGAGAUACAAACAGGCACCAAGUACACGCUGGAAGAUGCCCAGCUGUCCGACGGAGUAGUGGAGUGGAGGUCUGUGAUGGAGGUACACGGAGUCACACCUCGGGACUACACACACUACACCUGCACAGCCUCCAACACCUUGGGCAAGCACUCCUCCAGGCUGGUGUUGACCCCACCUGUGCCACCUGCUACACCACUCCACCUCACAGUUGGGAACGUGUCCUCUGACGAGGUGUGGCUGGCCUGGACCCCCAACUUGUCCAAGAGUCAGCCUUCUGGCUACAUCGUCAGGUACUGGAGAAGCGCUGACACUGACUACCAGUACUUGAACGUGACUGGAGGUGAAGUGACGGCGGUAGUGACGGAGGAACUGACACCUGGCACUCGCUACUCCUUCAGCCUGCAGGCCUACAACCUUCAGGGUCACUCCAGGCACACAUCGCCCCCACUCACCGUCACCACCCACGGUAUUGCAGAGAGUGCCAGUAGCAGCAGUAGCAGCAGCAGCAGCGAGGGAGGCACGAGGUCGAGAGUGCCACGACUCAUCCUGCUGAUCAUGACCCUGGCAGGCACGGCACUACUGGCACUCAACAUGGCAAUCAUUGCCUGCUUCGUCCGUCGCCGUGCUGCCCACACCGCUAGGGGCGUCUCAGCUUCUUCAAGUAAGACGACAACAUUGGAAAUAUUCAGCCCAGCGACCACCCCUGGGGGUACGACUCAGGGGGACGACCUUCCCCUUACCACCACCAACACAACCACAGACCUUACCACACUCGGGGGACAGAGAGUCGAGUGUCAAACAGGUGUAGAUGACUUCGAGCAGACGAGCCUUUUCCACGGUGACGAGGAAGAUACACCAGUCCUUAGCACGGAAGGCGAGUUUCUCCGCCACACCAGCUUCAGGAGCAAGAGCAGGAGUCAGCAGAACGGACGAGUGCUGACGCAGAAUGGCGGUCAUACUGUCCAGAAAUACCGGGAUGAUAGCUCCUACUACUACUCUCCCAUACCCCAGAACAGUUACACCCUCGUAGAUGACGUUCUUUCCAAGCGCACCACAAUCACCAAUCCUCCUGAUGUAUGCCCCACAACCUCUGACACUGUUGGAGCUCUUAGCUGCAGGCAUCAGCAACAACAGAGGGGCACAACACCCACCUUCCCCACAGAAUCCUCACAAGGGUUUUUCAUUCACCACAACAAUAUUCAUGGUGCUCAUGCGGUCAACAGUUCAUCCCCUAGUAAGGAUACCAUAUCCAGACACUCUCCAGGUAACCAGAGUCACGACAGCCUUCAUAUCAACCGACAAACGCCACAGCAACAAGCACAAAAACCCUCCUCUCCCAGAGUGGCAGAAGGGAAGGAGGAACCAUCACAGCAACUGCAUCAUUUACAUUCUCAUCAGCAGGUGAAACAGCUGGACCCACACACUCAUGCCCUCUGUGACGUCGUGGCCACAACUACAGGAGUGCCUGGAGGAUAUGCUACCUUAGGCCCCCGUAAACACCGCCAGACACCAGCCUCAUUCUCUACCCUGCAGCGUUCAGGGUCCUCGAAACCCAUCACCACCACUGCAGGAGCAAGUCAACAUACCUCCCUGGAGCUGCAGGUGACACCAUGUUCCCAGGAAUACCAAAGUCACCAAGACCCAGUGAACAGCCGUCAGACUCGCCGCAGUUCCCUGGCACAGCCCCAGCUGUCGCUAGGCGGUGCGGGCAUUCCCAGCGCAGGGAUUAUACAGGAGGAUAGCGGCUCCUCGGGCUACGGUGGGAGCCCUCGUCAGGAGUUGAGUGUUCUCGGUAGCGUAAGUACAACCACCGCCGGUUCCUCCCUUAAUCCGGGGGUUGGUGGGUCUCUGGUCACCCAUCCAACAACUGUUGCUCUUCCAGCUCACAGCACCACUACACUCACCAGACGUCGACUUUCUCAAGAUUGUUUAAGAAAAGGCAAACCCGAGUUGCCUGUGUUGCCCUCUAGAGAAACUCAUUGUGACGGUAUGAGCAACUAAACAGUGUCCAGAGUGACAAUUCUGGGAAAUCUUGACAGUACAGAAAUCAUGAAAAUCGUUUCCAAGGUCACUUCAUUUAACACAUUUAACAUUUAGCUCCCCUUCUCCCUCCAGAUGAGCAACAAGGAUAAUGUAAUCGGUAUGUAAGUUAGUUGAUAUAUUUAUUAUGCACCCCAUACUCAUCUUGUGGACAGUGUUCAAAAAAUUACAGAGGCACAUAAUGGGACCAAGGAAUGGGCCCCACUUGUCUGUGAGAGUUAAGUUAUACCGAAAACUGAGAUAUUAUUAAUUUGUACAAAUACUUUUAUGGAUAUAUCAGUCAUGGUCAUGCCAAUUUUUAACCUGUUUAUGAACGAUCUCUUGUUUCCUUGAUGUGGUAAACUCUCCUCUCUGGAUUAAGUAAUCCAGACUUUAGGGCAUACUGGUACUAUCCAAGCAGAAUGGACUAAAUUAUACAACUGCUCUCAUAGUCUGCCGCUUGUAAUUCCGUGAACAGUCCUCCUCUAUAUAGGAAGUAUUUUCUAUUGUAAAAUGUAUAAAAAUAUUUCCGCUCAUCCAUCACGGGAAGGCAUCUGAACUGUGGCCAGGACUUCAGUGUUUUGGACUGUCUUGUGGGCAUCGUUAACAUCCACAUUGUUAUCACUUAUAACGAGUUAAGAGUCUCAUCCCAGUGAUGCAAUGAUUUAUUAUGAGUCAUUACGAGUGCCAGUGGUUAUCCCAUGGAAGACCAUUGUCUGGACUCAUCUCGGACCAGGAGAUUUCUUUACGUGACUGUUUAUAGUCCUUCCUCUGAUCCCCCCCACCAGAGCACGCAUGGACUACCCUCCAGUAGGAAAUUAGGAAAUGGUCCUGGAUCAUAUACAAACCGCGACAGCUUCAACCAACCGGAGGUAGAAUCAGAACCUGUGUUAAGAUUUCCGUGCCCUGACCUAGUGUAUGUGAUCUUUAAUUGUAAAACUUAAGUAAGCAUUUCUCUUGUUGGGAAAUGUUGAAUCAGAGCUGAAACAAACUUAGGAAUUAGCAGUAUUGUGGUGUGUCUUGGAGAGACGCAGAGCUUCACAAGAAAUGUUCUUCAUUCAUGCAAAUGUGUUGAGAUACUUAUUUUUGUAUGUUGGACUGUAUGUACAAAUAAAACUCGUAAUCAGGCAUGUCCAGUCUUACACAAUUGUUUCAUUUCGAAAACCGUCUAUGUAUUUUCCUCACUAAAUCAUCCUCAUGUUAAUCAUCCUUUGAGUGAAUAUACAACCUUAAAAAGUACUGAUAAAUGCUACUCAUCCUGAGUGGCAAUACAGCCAUAGACAAAGUACAAGUGCUUCUCACCCUCUGGGUGAACAGACAAAAGUCAAA